AUGGCUCUACCAAACCAGCAAACCGUAGAUUAUCCUAGCUUCAAGCUCGUCAUUGUUGGUGAUGGAGGCACAGGAAAGACAACUUUUGUCAAAAGACAUCUCACUGGAGAGUUUGAGAAGAAAUAUGAACCUACUAUUGGUGUUGAGGUUCAUCCUUUAGAUUUCUUCACAAACUGUGGCAAGAUCCGUUUCUACUGCUGGGACACUGCUGGUCAAGAAAAAUUCGGUGGCCUUAGAGACGGUUACUACAUCCAUGGUCAAUGUGCAGUAAUCAUGUUCGACGUAACAGCACGUCUCACAUACAAGAACGUUCCCACAUGGCACAGAGAUCUAUGCCGUGUGUGUGAGAACAUCCCUAUUGUUUUAUGUGGGAACAAAGUCGAUGUGAAGAACAGGCAAGUUAAGGCAAAGCAAGUGACGUUCCACAGGAAGAAGAAUCUUCAGUACUAUGAGAUAUCUGCAAAGAGCAACUACAACUUUGAGAAACCUUUCUUGUACUUAGCGAGGAAGCUUGCGGGUGAUCCUAACCUUCACUUUGUUGAGUCGCCGGCUCUUGCUCCCCCUGAAGUUCACAUUGACGUUGCUGAGCAGCAGAAGAAUGAGGCUGAUCUUAUUGCAGCCGCUGCUCAGCCUCUCCCAGAUGAUGAUGAUGAUGCUUUUGAGUAA